AUGGACUCACCAUUUCACGACGGAGACACAACAACAAUGUCAAUACAGCGGCGAUUAAAUAACACUCAUUUAUGUCAGAAGUGGUUUUCGUCGUUGGAAGCAGCCUCCUAUGGAGGUACCAAGGUCAUUCUGUUGAAUAUUAGAACGAAAUCCAAUGCACUAGAAAACACAAUCUUAGUUUUUCGACGUGUUCAUGAUUCAUACUUUAAUGUUACUCAAUUACUUUCAACUCUUGUUAAAUUGGGACAUUUAAGUGAAGCUCAGUUAGAAAGUUUUCUUAAAAACGAAAUUUUGACUAAUACAGAUUAUCUCGAAGACAGUUCAACUUUCAUCUUCGACGAUUUUAGGAGACACAAAUGUAAAAGUUUAAGGGGGGUUUGGAUCCCGUAUGAUAGAGCGGUGUCCUUAGCUUUGAAAUUUGAUAUCUAUGAUGUCACUAAAAAAUUGUUUUUGGUAGACGUUCACAAAUAUGACCUGCUACCAAAAGUAAAUAAGCACCCCUAUAAUGAAGAUGAUAAUGGUGAUGACUCAAAUUUAAUGGGGUCUCCUACUAAAAAGCAGAAGAUGAUACGAGAUGAUCACCAGGAGGAAACUACCGAUAAUGAGCUAAUCAAAGAUAUCGCUCGUCGUAACCCUAAUUUUCCUUUCACAUUGCCAGCCUUAACAGGUGUUGAUGAUCAGGAAUUAGUAUCGGAUAUCAAGCAAAAAUUCAGUGAAAUUUUCAAAAAAGAUGAGGAAGAACUGCUCUCAUCUUCACAAAUCAAAACGAUAUUUCAAUCCGUAUUAAAUAAUGAUGAUGCAAAAUUAGAUAUUCCCUUAGAUCAACAAGGACAGACCGCUUUACAUUUUGCUGCAACUUUGGCUUCUUCUAACUUAGUCUCAUCAUUUAUCCGUCUCGGACUAAACUCUCCUAUCAGAGGUAAUUUAAAAGGAGAGUCUCCAUUGAUAUCUACCAUCCUUGUGACAAAUUCUAUGGAGAAGGGGAAUUUUGCUGAUUUACUUAAAAAUUGGUUGUGGCCCAAUUUAUGGUUAUAUUCUAAUUCAAAAUGGACUUUUCUUCAUUAUUUGGCGUCUCAGUCUUCAAAAAAAUUUGAAAGCUCAAAGUUUUACCUAACAAAGAUAUUAGAGUACUUAGUUCUUGACGAAAGUCUGUUGAAUGACUUUCUUAAAACAAUCAUUAACGCUCAAGAUGAGACUGAUGGCAAUACGUGUUUGCAUUUGGCCGCAGAAAACGAGUCGAAAUGGUUUAUAAAAAUUCUUUUGACAUUGAAGGCUGACACAACUAUAGCCAACAAAGUUGGAGUGAGACCGACAGAUUAUGACAUCGUUAAAGAUGCAAAAGAUCGUACUUCUGACUUUGAAGAAGAACAUAUUUUCGAUCUUGUAAGAACGAGCAUAGAAUUCUUGGAUGAUAGAAUUGAAGCGAAUUGUAAAUUCGAAUCGGAGGAUGGUUAUAAAUGGAAGGAAACUAAACCAGAAGUCAUAAAUUCGAACAAGAUUUUACAAAGCAUUCAAGAUCUUCUCUCAAACACUAAUGUUGAGUAUGAAUCAAUCAUUAAUGCGAAGAAGCAACAAAUUAAUCAAUUGAACAAAUCCCUUCGUGAUUCGACUAUGACGACUGCAAAUAAUAGGUUUUUAGCAAGAAAAGUUGGAGAAAGAUUAGUACAUCUUGAUAAUUUGAAGCUACAGAUCGCAAAUAUCACAGACAAGUUGCAAUUAUCUAGAAGAGAAGACGUUGCUCUUGAUCAAGAGGUCGAUGGUGAAUUCAAUGCCGAUGAGCCAUUCAUCAUACAGCCACUUUUCGACAAGUUGUCCAAUGACGAAGACCCCAAUAGCUUGAGGAACGAUGAAGAAUUUUUGAAGUCUUUGCCCUCAGUUGGCAUCCUAAAGGCGAGAAUUAAGUCUUACAAAGAAUUAAAUAAUAGCAUUGAAACUGAAAUAAGUCAUUUGAUGGACUAUAGUAAGUUAACCUCGAAGUUCAAAAAAGUCGUUGGUAUUUGCACAGGUGUUGAUAUUAAUGAUGUCGAUGAGCUAUUAGAUGGUCUUUUGGAAGCUGUUGAGGGGCAACUGUAA